AGUACGUGGGAAGGAAGAAAAGAUAAAUUUUUUAAAGCAGUUUUGGCUAUGUGUUUACCAAAAUCAGCAUUUUAAAGGAGAUACUCCUCCUUCUCCAAGUUGCUGACUCAAAUCGAAUCAUGGCAAUUUUGUGAAGCAACCAAGACUCCUUUCGGCUUAUUCUCAUCUGGGUUUUUGAUGUGUCCAGGAAGCUGUUAAUGUGCAGUUCAAGCGAUAGCUUCAUUAUCCUGCUGAAUUCUGAUAAAAUUAGAUACAAAACUUCUGAAGUAAAGCUCUGAAUUGCGAAAGCACAGACCUGUGAUUCAGUCCUCUAUACAAUGUCUACGCUAGCAAAGUUGCGCUGUGUCACACUUGAUGUUACUGGUACACUGAUAGCAUAUAAGGGCGAGCUUGGUGAUUACUACUGCAUGGCAGCUAAAGCUGUUGGUUUGCCAUGUCCUGACUACAAACGAGUUCAUGAGGGCUUUAAGCUUGCAUAUACUGACAUGGCAAAGAAACAUCCAUGUUUUGGAUUUGCAGAAAAAAUCCCAAACAUAGUUUGGUGGAAGAGUUGUGUGAGAGACUCUUUUGUUAAGGCUGGAUACGACUAUGACGAGGAGACAUUUGAGAGAGUCUUUAAGCGCAUCUAUGCUUCAUUUGGUUCCUCUGCACCUUACAGUAUCUUUCCAGAUUCUCAACCUUUCCUUAGAUGGCUUCGAAAAAAGGGGCUUAAAGUUGGGCUUGUUAGCAAUGCGGAGUACAGGUAUCAGGAUGUAAUCCUUCCUGCAUUGGGCCUGAAUCAGGGAUCAGAGUGGGAUUUCGGUGUAUUCUCUGGUCUUGUAGGUGCGGAGAAGCCAGAUCCGAGGAUAUAUGAGAUUGCCUUGGAAAAGGCUGGAAACAUCCCACCGGAAGAGGCUCUCCAUAUUGGAGACAGCAUGCGUAAGGACUACUUACCUGCAAAGAGUGCGGGAAUGCAUGCGCUGCUAUUAGAUAGAUUCAAGACACCUGAUGCUGAGAAUUGGCGGAAAUCCGGUGCUACAGUUCUUCCUGACUUGGUUGCUACACAGGAGUGGCUUACUAAUUCUGAACGAUUGAGUUGCUAAUAAAUUGUACCCCUUUUUGCUCAGUCUGAUUACCAGUUUGGUUAAAUUAUAUUCGCUUCAAUGGCAAACCUUGUUGUAAUACACAGAAGAAAGAAAGGGUGCAGGGAGAAAUAUCGGAUCUUCCUCUCCUUUUAAUGUUUUUCAAUUCCCUUUUCAGGUCAUAAUAUCAUUUCAUGUUCCAAACAAUAAGCAGCCACUUGAUUAGCAUCCCUAUCAAUCCAUUGAAUCUUUCUUGA